UGUAUUUUCUUUCACCUCUGCGACGAAUUCUCUUCCAUGUACUGGCGUUUGUUCACAUAUUGGCUAUCAUACUCCUUAGUUAGUAUUUGUGUUUUACAAAUAUUGAAACUGCGUCUUAGCGGAUGAAUAAUGAGUAUUUCUGGUCGCCAAUAUUUUUGGUGUGAAAGGUCUCCAUUUACAGAAUGAUCGACGGACAAGUGGAGUACGAGAAGCGGAACGAGCAACCAACACACACGAGAUAAACACCAAAUCUGCUGAAUUUGUGAAAUUGUUUUUUCAUUGUAACUCCGGUUUAGUUUGUGGAAACAGAUCGAGAUCUUAAAAAAUUAACUUUCGUCGAGCUGCCUAGCUGAAACGACACAAAAUGGCUACAGUUUUACCUCAGAAAAGUGGCACGUACACGUUCGCUAGUCAACCGCGGGCCGUGCCACAGCGCAAGAAAUACAGAGAUCCAAUGCAAGAUCAACAAACUGCUGUACCCUAUGGGAACAUCAUGUACGACAGACGGAUUGUUCGUGGCAACACAUACGCACAGCACACACUCCCAGCAACAGCUCAGCCAGACCCAAUUGAGGUCCAGAGACAGCAAGAGAUCAGGCGGCGUAAGAUAGCUGCCAAGCGGGCCAAGGACCAGCUCCGGCCCCGGUCGCCAGACCCCGUGGAAGGACGCAAGCAUAUCGAUGUCCAGACAGAGCUGUACCUGGAGGAACUGAGCGAUCGGGUGGAGGAGGCGGAUGUGGAGUGCCAGACAGAUGCUUUCUUGGACCGGCCCCCCACGCCGCUGUUUGUGCCGGCUAAGACUGGCAUGGACGUGGCCACACAGAUCUAUGAGGGAGAUCUGUUUGACUUUGACAUUGAGGUCAAGCCCAUCUUGGAGGUGCUGGUGGGCAAGACGGUAGAGCAGGCCCUGCUUGAGGUGAUGGAGGAAGAGGAGCUGGCCAGCCUGCAGGCCCAGCAGCGGGUGUUUGAGGAGCUGCGCAAUGCUGAGCUGGUGGAGACACAGCGGCUGGAAGAGCAGGAGAGACGGCACCGAGAGGAGAAGGAGCGGAGAAUGAAACAGCAGCGUGAGGUUCUCAAGAAGGAGAAGGAGACGACAGAGAAGAUCGGUGCCCGGGCCUUUGCCCAGAGCUACCUGGCCGACCUGGUGCCCUCGGUCUUCGGCACGCUGAGUGACAACGGCUACUUCUAUGACCCAGUGGAGCGGGAUGUGGAGACAGGUUUCCUGCCCUGGCUGAUGGAGGAGGUGGAGAAGUGCAUCGGCAAGUCGGUCCUGGGCCGGACGAUGAUGGACGCAAUCAUCCGGGACGUGGUCAAAGCUCGUGCUGCCGAGUACUUCAAAUUGGAGGAAUCCCAACGAGACGCCGAGAGGGUGGCAGCAGCCGCGCAGGCCCUCCUCAACGAACAGCUCAAGGAGGAUGCUGCUGGCCCGAUAGGCGAGGGCGCCCCAGCUCCGGAAGGCGAGGCUGAGACGGCUGCCCAAGAUGAAGCGGGUGAAGGGGAGGAGAGCCGGCCGGAAACUGCCCCUGCGGAAGGAGGGACAGGAGAAGAAGACGGCGAGGAAGAUGGCGAUGAGUAACCCAGCCCCUCCUGCUCCUUAGAUCCUCCCCCAGCAUGCCUUACCCAAGAAUUAAGUACAUUUGAAUAUCUCCAAAGAAGAAGAUUGAUUGGUUACCAGCCAAGGCUCGGUAUGGUUGACAUUGCAGCUUGGCUGGUUGCCAAUUACAAUUCUGCUAAUGAAGGACCUGUGGUAAGCAGAAACUCCCCACUUUGAACCUGUAUGGACGUUGCUCCCCUGUCACGCACUAGGGAUAGUUUCAGUAGGCAAGAACCCAGUACAUGUAGCUUGUGGCUCUGGCCGUUUUUUUAAUAAUGUGGCGCAAAACAUGUUACAUUAUCUACACGGCUGAUGAAAAAAUGAGAAUGUUACAGUCUGUGUUCAAGCUGUGGUUGACUUUUAUAUUUCUUCCAUCAAAUCCGGUGUUCAAAUCCAUGUACAACUGCACUCUUUAUCUGACUGUUGUAAACUGCAGUCCGUACCCUUGACAAGCACGACAAGCCCAUCAUUUCAGCUGCAUUUCCAUAGUGUGCUGGUAGAAACAUGUCAAGAGAGUCACAUCAUGUGUUUAAUGUGACAGUGCCUCAUAUUUAAUGGAGAAAGCAUCCCUUGGCUGAAUGGUCAGGUGCGUUCAGUACAAUAAAGCUACGCAUUUGUCCUUAAGGGUCUUCAAACUGAUAUUUGCGGUUCCGUUUUGAGGGCGCAUUAUGCACAAAGCCUCAACAUUUGUCUUUGAUUCGAUAUGUAAAUCCUCUCUCAGAAUAUACAAAAACUAUUCUUCCUAACAUCAAUUCAUUUUGCCAAAGAAUUUGCCGGCUUCUUCCCAAAUGUUAAGACAUCAAAUUCCAAAAUACAAAUGCUUACCAGCCUCGAUUGUUUCUUAUACUAAAUUAAAGAAAAAAAAUAAGUUAUGCAGUUACUUCUGUAAAUUAUAAACUAUUCCACACAUUUUCCGUCCAUUAAUCAAAAUUGAUCAGAACCAUUUCGGCUUCCAAGUGUCAGAUGGGGCAUGGCUGACACUGUUCUUAUUCUGGACCCAUGUUAACAGCUGCAAUUGGAACAAUAAAAUACACAUCAGAUAUGCAAGUGUUACAUACCUAACUGUCAUUGGAAUGUUGAGCGCUGAUGGUAUUCUUAUCUUUGUGGUUUGUCAACAUCACCAUAUUUACAUAUGUACACCUGUUUAUGUGUAGGCUGUGCGAGUUGAAAUGUUCGUGAAUGGUUGUAAAUAGUCCAGGGAAGUGUGCGUUUUCCUUCUUCCCAAUACAUAUAUUGUGUAUUAUAAUUAUUUUUGUUUAGAGGUUGGUGAAUAUACAUACAUGUUGAGAAUAAACUAUUGAAGUUGUAUUCAGAAA